AUCCAUCCUUGCGUAUAGGAACGAAAUGUGUGAAGCGAAGCAUAACUCUUCGAAAAGCAGGAGCGGCGACGGGAUCGUCUCACUCUGAUAUGAGAAAUCAAGCGGCGAGGAAAGAAGCCACGUGGCACCCAGCACCUGAUUUAUGUGAAUGGAGGGAUUGAUAGAUACCCGCCCCAAAGCGUUGUCGGAACCCAACCAAUGGAAAAUAAUGGAAUCACUCUCAUUUGGUUUCUCGCAUCUAUUCUUGUCAAUGUGAUCUGAGAGACUGAGACAGAUACACGCCACGACAAAGCACCACAAUCAGUCCGCUGCAGCGUUAACUUUCACUUUCCCACGUUAGCAAACCUCUCGUACCUUCUGCUCUGUUUCCAAAGCUCCGGCUCGGGAUGGUUCGUUGCUGAACCGGACCGGUUCUACUCCGAGGGAUCAUCGCGCAUUCCACUCUCUUGUGGCGGUGAUGAGAGGGAACUGUUGGUUUAACCGUCGGACAGAGCAGCGGUUCCGCCAAAUCGCGAUCUCCACCUUUAAAUCAGCCAAGAUCAAGCUUCUGCUCUGUUGUUGCGUUGCGUUUACGCUUCUCGCGUUUUCCACGAGCGCUUCUUCCUUCGUUUUAUGGAACAAUCAAGCACCUCCUUACCCUCGCUUUCCUGAUUCGAGGAAAGGGUAUUCUAUAGUAAUGAACACAUGGAAGCGAUAUGAUCUCCUAAAGCAGUCCAUCAAACAUUAUUCAUCAUGUCCUCGACUUGAAUCAGUACAUAUUGUGUGGAGUGAACCGAAUCCUCCUUCAGAUAUUCUUUCAAAAUUUCUGCACCGUGUUGUUAAGUUCAAGUCUAAAGAUGGAAGACAAGUGAAUUUGAAGUUUGAUAUCAACAAGGAAGACAGUUUGAACAAUAGAUUCAAAGAAAUUAAGGAUUUGGAGACAGAUGCUGUCUUUUCUAUUGAUGAUGAUGUCAUAUUUCCUUGCUCUUCGGUGGAAUUUGCAUUUGAUGUUUGGCAAAGUGCACCUGAUACAAUGGUUGGAUUUGUACCUCGUGUCCAUUGGGUGGAUUCAUUGAAAGGUGAUGACAACAAAUUUAGUUAUGGCGGAUGGUGGUCUGUGUGGUGGACUGGUACAUAUAGCAUGGUCCUCUCCAAGGCAGCAUUCUUUCACAAAAAGUAUUUCAAUAUCUACACAAAUGAGAUGCCAUCCUCAAUUAGAGAAUAUGUAACCAAGAACAGGAAUUGUGAAGAUAUUGCAAUGUCUUUCCUUGUUGCAAAUGCAACUGGUGCACCCCCCAUAUGGGUUAAAGGUAAAAUUUUUGAGAUUGGAUCUACUGGAAUCAGUAGUUUGGGAGGUCACAGUAAAAGAAGAACAGAAUGCGUCAACAAAUUUGCUGUCGUGUUUGGGCGGAUGCCCUUGGUAUCCACGACAGUUAAGGCUGUGGAUAGCCGCAAUAUCUGGUUUUGGUGACGCUGGAAUUUUGAUCAUUGCUUUUUUAGAAAUUCCACUACGUCAAUUAGUAGCUAGCUGAGUUACUCCAUUCACGUUAGUCACAGUGCUGUAUAAUAUUGGAUCUUAUACACAAUUCAUGCAUUUUGCCCCUAAUUGAGCAAAUUCCUUAGGUUGAUUUCUUGUAUUAUUGUCAUGUAAUACAAGGCAGCAUCCUUUGGUGCUUUUUUCUCAGAAUAUUACGAAUUUGAUUGUAGAAUAUUAAA